AUUAUGUGGCUUUUUAUUAACUAGUUACUUUCCGGAUUUCGGGAUGAAACAAUGUCGAGAUAUGGUGAUAUUCCCGAGGGGCGGGAACUUAUAACGAAUUCUUUCCUAUUAGUGUUAUUGUUCACGUUUACGGACGUCGUGGACCAUUUGAAAGCUUUAACAGAACUUAACGGAUAUUGUUGUCGCAGUGCAUAUUUCUUUGAGUCAACUUGGUUUUUUUUUCUCACUCUUUCUACGGAGGACAAGUUGGAGUACAAUUUCUAUCCGGUGUCCAGUGGCCAGGUCCAAUUUCGCAUAAAAGCACCGAAUGAUGCCCACAUCGCACUUACAACUGGUCCGAAUGAAGGGGACCCCAUGUACGAGGUGUUCAUCGGCGGUUGGGGAAACGCUAAAUCGGUAAUCCGUAAAAACAGAACCAAGCCUGAAGUUGCCGAGGCCGAAACUCCAGGAAUCUUGAGUGCCGACGAACUUCGAGGCUUCUGGAUUAGGUGGCAGGAUGGAACCAUCAGAGUGGGAAAAGAAGGCGAAGCAAGCCCCUUCCUGAGUUAUUCGGACCCUGAGCCUUUUGGAAUCGGUUAUUUUGGGGUCUGUACCGGCUGGGGAGCCUCUGGUGAAUGGCUCAUCGAAG